GAUUGACAAGGUACAAAAGUGUAUAGCUACUUAUGCAGCUGACUGUAUGUCCUUACAGCUUGGACCGGCAGACGGACAGGGCAGUACUGACGUUGCUGUUCAGGAACUACCGUCUGAACACCACAGUGGACUACUACCGCUACCACAGGGUCGGCAAGGAGCCAGCUAUCACCAAGACCGUUGGAGGCACUUAUUUCCCGUCUCUGACGACCACCACCAUAUUCCGAGGCAUCGAUAGUCUGGACCUGCAGACGGCAGACACCACGGGCUACGUGGACGGGCUGCCGGUAGAAGUCAUCACCCCCAGCGCCGGGGUCCAUCCAGAUCCCGUCGUCCAGAGAACAUUCGCAGUUUUCCUCGCAGGUUUGCUGAUAGCGGUUGAAGAGACUUUGCUCACCGAGUCUCCUUGGGCCGCCGCUACUUUCAUAGAACACACUAUUUGUGACUUUGGUAUCAGACCUUUAUAAACUCU